AAAAUAAUUUUUUUAAGUGAUUAGGGUUUUAGCAAAAAAACAUAUAUUUAUACAUCUUUCUCUUCACUUCACCUUUUCUCCAUCUCUUUGAGCUCGCCGUCUUCAUCUCCUUAGCACAACUUUUCCCUACCAAAAAUGCCUAAGCAAAUCCAUGAGAUCAAGGAUUUCCUUCUGACAGCCAGAAGGAAGGAUGCCCGAACUGUCAAGAUCAAGAAGAACAAGGAUAUGGUCAAGUUCAAGGUUCGCUGCUCCAAGUACCUCUACACACUCUGUGUGUCCGACUUUGAGAAGGCUGACAAGUUGAAGCAAUCACUUCCUCCAGGUUUGAGCGUGCAGGAUCUGUGAAGAAGGAUUUAUGCUUUUCAGAGUUACUAGGGAAUGGAGAAUUUUGUGUUUUUUUUGCAAUGUCUUGCCCUUUGGCAUGUCUAAGAUUUGAGCUUUAAGACAUCACUUUGAAAAAACUCAUUACUUUUUUACUCAUAUUGACAAUGAAUUUUGCUUGUUAGAGCCAAAGUAAUGUUGUUUGAUGGUCUCA